AUGGCAUCGGAAUAUGUACCCGAGACAUCUGAAAUUGGUUCCUUGACGGCACAUUCGAACGAGCACAGCCAGUUCGUCGGUAGCUCGAGUGGCGUCUAUUUCAUCAAGACAGUGAAACGUGCGUUCAACGGCCUAGAUGGGCCGGGUUCAUCCGAUUCCAAUUUUCCUACACCAGAGGAGACACUUGUAGGCGCUGAAAACUCACCUCAUGAUAAGCGCCAACGCACCUCAUCCGUCAAGGACACUGCUUCGUCCUUGGUGGUCGAAUCUCCCACAGAAUGGACCUACGACCGAUCAUUAAAGGCGUCUCUGGGAGCUCUACCAUCCCCAGAUGUGGCUAAGAGCCUGAUGAUGAUUUAUUUCAAAGUCUGGCACCCUCUAUUCCCAUUCCUGCAUGGACCCACCUUCCUGCAGGCGAUGGAGAAGGUCUACUUCAGCGAAAAUCAACCUGAGAACCCACAAAAACCCUGUAUAGACCACCGGAGUACAUGCUGGACAGCAAUCUUCCAAUGUGUCUUCAAUCUAGGCAGCCUGCUAGCGCCAGACUUGGACCUACCGUCCGAAUCGAAGAUCCAAUCACCGAACAGUUUCAACGCUUUGCUCGGGACUCUCUCCUCUCGACAUGAUAUCGUCUCCCUACAAGCGCUUCUAGCUAUCCAAGUCUAUCUUGUCGCGAUCAUGUCACUUCGACAAGCAUCGACUGUUGGAGGUUGCAUCCUACGCUCGAUGCUUCAUGCCGGUCUCCACAGGUGUCCCUUUCGAUACAAGCAACUCUCUACCCACGACCGGCAACUACGGAAGCGGGUAUUUUGGUGCGCCUAUGCGAUUGAUAGAUACCUGAGCCAGGCUUUGGGAUUACCGCUUGGCAUACAGGAUUCUGAUAUUGAUGUGUGUCUGCCUGCUGCCCGGGAAAUGCAUUCCCCUCGGAGCCAGGCGAAUGAGUCCGCUGGUGGUAGGUCUGUGUCGCAAUAUGGUAGUAAAGGCGACUACGGCAAGGAAAUUAUACUUGCUAGCUAUGUCCAUUCAGGUACUCUGACAGGCCGAGCAUUGGAGCUCUUCCAUAAAUCAAUCUUGGUUCGAUCUGUUCGUCGCAGUUCCGUGUUGUUCCUCGUGACAGACGUGCAUAAGUGGUGGAAUGGUCUUCCCACCGAUCUUCAAAGAAAGAGAGCGGGAGGAUCUACAACGGCAGACACUGCGUUUGAUUUUGCUCCUUUUUUCACUGUGUUGUAUCAGCAUCUCAUUCUGAUCAUCCAUCGGCCUUCUUUGUCGCUGGAUCCGUCCACUGCGGAAUUCUGUUCUGGUUUACAAACCUGCAUCGGCGCUGCUCGGGCUAUUCUGUCGGCCCUCAGAGUACAGGUUGAUAGCCAUCAGGCUUUAUUCUGGCCUGGAUUCUUGUCGGCGGCGUGGAUGUCUGGGUUGGUGCUGGCAUUGGCUUGCCAAUUGAACCAAUAUGUGUUUACAAAGGGUCUUCAGGAGAUUGAAGAAUGUUCGAGAUUCCUGCGUUUGAUGUCUACUCAGUGGGAGACAGCCAAACACUGCCACAUGUCGCUCUCAGUGCUGGCCGCGAAAAUCCAACAGUCAGAAAGCGGUUCCAAUUCAACAGCAGACUCCCAAGGAUAUGUGAUGAGAAGAUCUGAAGGAAGUCCGACGUUUGUUGAAUCUUUGGAUACACGCGGAGAGAACAGACGGAGAUUUAGUCGUAUGUCACACUCCCAAGAAGAGCCGGGAUUAGCCGCAGAAUCAUCCGACCUUGAGAAACGCAAUGGUAUAUGGGGAGAAUCUAUGCACAAGGGAAAUGAUCCAACCUUGUUCCCUUCGGCGUCGACACACCCGCCACAAAUGGAGGAGCAGGGAAUCCUAGCCGAUACACACUCUUCACUGCAUAUGGACUUGCAGGACACGAAUCCCGCACAGUUUGAGGGGACCUCGAAUUUCGACUUGAACAUGGUCGAUUUAAUCGAUGGCGCUAACUUCGACAGUCUGUUCGAUAUGAUCGGACAGCAAUUUCCAAGCUUCUAA